CACCCUCCUCCUCCUCCUCCCCCUCCCCUGCGGCCCCCCCGGCCCAUGAGCGGCCGCCAUGGAUUGUUUGUGCAUCGUCACCACCAAGAAAUACCGGUACCAAGAUGAGGACAGCCCCCCCCUGGAGCAGAGCCCCGCCCACCUGCCCAGCCAGGCCAACUCUCCCCCCGUCAUCGUCAACACCGACACCCUGGAGGCCCCGGCCUAUGUGAACGGCACCGAGGGCGAGAUGGAAUAUGAGGAGAUCACUCUGGAGAGGGGGAACUCGGGGUUGGGGUUCAGCAUCGCGGGGGGCACCGACAACCCCCACGUCGGGGACGACCCCGGGAUCUUCAUCACCAAAAUCAUCCCCGGGGGCGCCGCCGCCCAGGACGGGCGCCUCAGGGUGAACGACAGCAUCCUGUUUGUGAACGAGGCCGACGUGCGGGAGGUGCCGCACUCGGCGGCCGUCGAGGCGCUCAAGGAGGCCGGGGCCGUGGUGCCGCUCUACGUGAUGAGGAGGAAGGUCCCGGCCGAGAGGGUGGUGGAGGUCAAGCUCAUCAAAGGGCCCAAAGGUCUGGGGUUCAGCAUCGCGGGGGGCGUGGGCAACCAGCACAUCCCGGGGGACAACAGCAUCUACGUCACCAAGGUCAUCGAGGGGGGGGCGGCGCACAAGGACGGGCGGCUGCAGGUCGGGGACAAGAUCCUGGCCGUAAACAACGUCAGCCUGGAGGACGUCAUGCACGAGGACGCGGUGGCGGCGCUCAAGAACACCUACGACGUGGUGUACCUGCGCGUGGCCAAGGCCACCGUGCCCGGCCUCGGGGACACCUACGGGCCACCCGACGUCACCGGCUCCUACUCGGCGCACCUGGACUCGGAGCUGCCCCCCCAGAGCUUCCUGGGCCCCCCGGUCACUCAGGGGUGCCCCAAGGAGCUGCUGCCCGACGACGACGUCCCCAGGGACCCGCGGCGCAUCGUGAUCCCGCGCGGCUCCACGGGGCUGGGGUUCAACAUCGUGGGCGGCGAGGACGGCGAGGGGAUCUUCAUCUCCUUCAUCCUCGCCGGGGGCCCGGCCGACCUCAGCGGGGAGCUGCGCAAGGGCGACCAGAUCCUCUCGGUGAACGGCGUCGAUCUGCGCGGGGCCACCCACGAGCAGGCGGCGCUGGCGCUCAAGAACGCCGGGCAGUCGGUGACCAUCGUGGCCCAGUACCGGCCCGAAGAGUACGGGCGCUUCGAGGCCAAGAUCCACGACCUGCGGGAGCAGCUCCUGAGCAGCAGCCUCGGCUCCGGCAGCGCCUCCCUGCGCAGCGACCCCAAACGCGGCUUCUACGUCCGGGCCCUGUUUGACUACGACAAGGCCAAGGACGUGGGGUUCCUGAGCCAGGCGCUGAGCUUCCGCUUCGGGGACGUCCUGCACGUCCUGGACGCCUCCGACGAGGAGUGGUGGCAGGCGCGGCUCGUGCUGCCCCCCCAGCAGCCCCCCGACAUCGGCUUCGUGCCCAGCAAGCGCCGGGUGGAGCGCCGGGAGUGGACGCGGCUCAAGGCCAAAGAUCGGGGGCCGGGGGCUCAAGGCCGCGAGGACACCGUGCUGAGCUACGAGACGGUGACGCAGAUGGAAGUUCACUACGCGCGGCCGAUCAUCAUCCUGGGCCCCACCAAGGAUCGCGUCAACGACGACCUCCUGAGCGAGUUCCCCGAGAAAUUCGGGUCCUGCGUGCCCCACACGACGCGGCCCAAGCGCGAGUACGAGGUCGACGGGCGCGAUUAUCACUUCGUGGCCUCGCGGGAGCGGAUGGAGAAGGACAUCCAGGGGCACAAGUUCAUCGAGGCGGGGCAGUACAACAGCCACCUGUACGGGACCAGCGUGCAGUCCGUGCGGGAGGUGGCUGAACAGGGCAAGCACUGCAUCCUGGACGUGUCGGCCAACGCCGUGCGGCGGCUCCAGGCGGCGCAGCUGCACCCGAUCGCCAUCUUCAUCCGGCCCAAAUCGCUGCAGAACGUGCUGGAGAUCUCCAAGAGCGUGAGCGAGGAGCAGGCGCGGAAAGCGUUCGACAGAGCCACCAAACUGGAGCAGGAGUUCACCGAGUGCUUCUCAGCCAUGGUGGAAGGCGACAGCUUCGAGGAGAUUUACCACAAAGUCAAACGAGUCAUCGAGGACCUCUCAGGACCUUUCAUCUGGGUCCCCGCCCGCGAGCGGCUUUAGGGCCUGGGGGGGGGGAACCCCCCUCAAAAAAACAA